GAGUGUCCACUGAUAGUGAUCUAAUUCAUUAUCAACAGCCACCACUAUAGACACAGGAAAUCACUCGGCCAAUGGCAAAGCAUUGGGAUCAACCUUCAUCAUAUCAUCCCAUUAUUCAGCUGUUUGUGUGCGGAUUCAUAUAGAAACCAUCCAUGAAGGAAAGUUCUUUGAGUGGAGCCACCGAAGCAUCAUGAAGGAGGUCCACCAGCUGUUCGCAUUGAAAGCAGUGUAGGAUUUAUCUCUUUAUGCUGCCAGAAAAGAAGAAAAGAGAGAACCUUCUCCUUGCGUCCCGAAGACUCGACCAUUCCUCUCUCUCUCUCUCUCUCUCUCUCUCUCUCUCUCUCUCUCUCCAUGGCCUAUGAUAGAAGAGAGUCCUCCGUGUUCGAUGCCUUCACGCUUUCUCCUUUGCCAUACCCAGUGCUGCUGAUACUGCUGAUGGUGUUCUUCCUCCUGGGCAUAUCAUGGUUCUUCACCUAUGAGGACCUCAUCGAGAGCACGGAGGAGUCGAUGAACUGGGCGCUCCUCCUGAUCCCCAUAGUCCUUCUCCUUGUCAUCCGAUGGCUGUCUUCAAUCGAGAGGUUUGAUGACACGUUCUUGGGGAGCCUCCUACCGUACGAUCGGCGGAGGAGUAACUACAUCAACCAGCCGCAGGAGGGAAGCUCGCCGUGGGGUGUGGCCGCAGUCGUCGUCUUGUUGCUCAUCCUGGUCUCCUUCCAAUCUACUUUUCAGGAUAUGUGGAAGCCUUGAUCCCUUAAUAAUACUUUGCAUCCAGCGGUUUCCUUAUUACUAAGAACUUGUCUGUAUAUAUAUAUAUUUUUGUGAUGAAAUUUUUGUUUGUAAAAUUAUAUAUGGUAUUGAGGUGGUGUUUUUUCUUUAAACUUGCUUUUAAGCUUAUAGACAGAAUCAUAAUUGAAGGGGUUUUUAUUAACUCAA